UCCCUCUCUCUCUCUCUCUCUCUCUCAAUCAUUCCUCUGCUACGUUUCCCUUCACUUUCUCAGAGCUCUCCAAGAAAUUCUUUUAGGGUUUUCAAUCCCAUCUCCCGCCGACGUCGAGGAUCGCUUUUCCGAGAUAAAAGACUUUUGGCCUAUGGUUUGCAGAAGUAUGGAGAACUAUUACUGGAGGUUGCGCAAAUUAAGAUAAUGAAGUCAGGAUCUUCCUCUUUAAAUCCACACGCGGCAUCUUACGUGCCACUUUCUAAGAGAGUAGCAGAUCAUAAAGGCGGUGCUUUUGAAGGAACAUUUGGAGACUGUAAGUCCUCCAAUGUGACAGCCUUCUCUGAACCUCUUGUGCAAUUUGAUCAAGGUCAGGACCGAGGGAGAGCAGCUAUUCACCCAAAUUUCCAUGAGACUUCAAAUUUUCCGGCUGUAGAGUAUUUCUCUUCAAAGAGCCACUCUGCACAUGGUUCGACGUCAAGGCAACCAAUUAAUUUUUCAGACAAACAGGUGCCUGAUGAGGAACUGGAAAUGGACGUAGAGUAUCUUCAGAUGCAAUUUCCUGGAUUAUCUGAUCAAUCCAUUGCUGACGUCUACCUGGCAAAUAAGGGAGAUCUGGACGCAACUAUUGACAUGUUGAGCCAGCUUGAGUUCAACCUGGAUGACUUUCCUGAAAAUCUACCAGAAACUCUUGACAUUGGUGAUGUUGCAGUACCGACUUCUGUUGCAGAGUCUGGAUAUGUGAAAUUGAAGAGUGUGAAGGGUGAGGCAACUGCUUCGUCAUCUAGCUGAUCUGACCCAGCCAACCACUCUACAUGGUUGAGUUGGAAAAAUUAGCUGCGCUUCUCCCCUUCUACAUAAUUGUUGAUCUAGAAGGGGUCCAACCUUAAAACAGGGUAAGGUGCAGCAUUGUAUAGUUGUCGAUGGUAUGUUCAUAUGCAAUGUUCUCCAUGAUCACCGCUUUUGUUUGUUUUGAGUUUCAAGAGCCAUUGUUGCUCAAAUCUGCAAAAUCUUUUAGUGCCUUAGAAAAGGAUUGGUUUUUGCAAGAUGAUUAUGAGUUUGUUGAUCAGAUUCUGAAAGCAACGUGUCAGUCGUCCGGCAAGAGCUGCUGAUUUUCCUAUAUGAUGUCCCUGGCAUGCCGAGGAGAUGAGAUCAGCGUGCUGGCGAAUUUUCAGAGGAAAUGUUUGAAUUUCUGGUCCCAAAUGUAGUCUGUGAUUGUCCCAUUGUGCCUUUUCUUGAUGCCAUUGAAACAGUAAGUAUUGUGUGCUGUUUCCACUGAGAUUCA